UCCGAGCAUUCCACGGUUGCUACAUCGUCGCGAGGGGCGGGGCGCCUGUCAGGGAAGCGGCGCGCGCGCGGGCGGCGGGCGGGCUGGGGAUCCGCCGCGCAGUGCCAGCGCCAGCGCCAGACCCGCGCCCCGCGCUCUCCGGCCCGUCGCCUGCCUUGGGACUCCCGAGCCCGCACUCCCGCCCUGCCUGUUCGCUGCCCGAGUAUGGAGCUGCUGUGUUGCGAAGGCACCCGGCACGCGCCCCGGGCCGGGCCGGACCCGCGGCUGCUGGGGGACCAGCGUGUCCUGCAGAGCCUGCUCCGCCUGGAGGAGCGCUACGUACCCCGCGCCUCCUACUUCCAGUGCGUGCAGCGGGAGAUCAAGCCGCACAUGCGGAAGAUGCUGGCUUACUGGAUGCUGGAGCGUCUCCCGCUUCCCUCCGCCUCCCGGCCUUCUCCGGAGAGCGCGCCUGGAAAACCCUGGGCUCGGCCGCCCCCGCCCGGGAGCCGGUUCCUGUGUCUUUCGCGGGGUUCUGGCGGGGAAGGCGAUGGGGGUGGCGCGCGCCCUGUUCCGGCCGACAGGGAAAUGAAAAGUGCGGGAGGCAGCGACAGGAGCCUCCUCCCUUCCCCUCGGGUAUGUGAGGAGCAGCGCUGUGAGGAGGAAGUCUUCCCCCUGGCCAUGAACUACCUGGAUCGCUACCUGUCUUGCGUCCCCACCCGAAAGGCGCAGUUGCAGCUCCUGGGUGCGGUCUGCAUGCUGCUGGCCUCCAAGCUGCGCGAGACCACGCCCCUGACCAUCGAAAAACUGUGCAUCUACACCGACCACGCUGUCUCUCCCCGCCAGUUGCGGGACUGGGAGGUGCUGGUCCUAGGGAAGCUCAAGUGGGACCUGGCUGCUGUGAUUGCACAUGAUUUCCUGGCCCUCAUUCUGCACCGGCUCUCUCUGCCCCGUGACCGACAGGCCUUGGUCAAAAAGCAUGCCCAGACCUUUUUGGCCCUCUGUGCUACAGAUUAUACCUUUGCCAUGUACCCGCCAUCCAUGAUCGCCACGGGCAGCAUUGGGGCUGCAGUGCAAGGCCUGGGUGCCUGCUCCAUGUCCGGGGAUGAGCUCACAGAGCUGCUGGCAGGGAUCACUGGCACUGAAGUGGACUGCCUGCGGGCCUGUCAGGAGCAGAUCGAAGCUGCACUCAGGGAGAGCCUCAGGGAAGCCGCUCAGACCAGCUCCAGCCCAGCGCCCAAAGCCCCCCGGGGCUCCAGCAGCCAAGGGCCCAGCCAGACCAGCACUCCUACAGAUGUCACAGCCAUACACCUGUAGCCCUGGAGAGGCCCUCUGGAGUGGCCACUAAGCAGAGGAGGGGCCGCUGCCACCCACCUCCCUGCCUCCAGGAACCACACCACAUCUAAGCCUGAAGGGGCGUCUGUUCCCCCUUCACAAAGCCCAAGGGGUCUGGUCCUACCCAUCCCCGCAGUGUGCACUAAGGGGCCCGGCCAGCCAUGUCUGCAUUUCGGUGGCUAGUCAAGCUCCUCCUCCCUGCAUCUGACCAGCAGCGCCUUUCCCAACUCUAGCUGGGGGUGGGCCAGGCUGAUGGGACAGAAUUGGAUACAUACACCAGCAUUCCUUUUGAACGCCCCCCCCACCCCUGGGGGCUCUCAUGUUUUCAACUGCCAAAAUGCUCUAGUGCCUUCUAAAAGUGUUGUCCCUUCUAGGGUUAUUGCAUUUGGAUUGGGGUCCCUCUGAAAUUUAAUGCAUGAUAGACACAUAUGAGGGGGAAUAGUCUAGAUGGCUCCUCUCAGUACUUUGGAGGCCCCUAUAUAAUCCGUGCUGACAGCUGCUCCUAGAGGGAGGGGCCUAGGCCUCAGCCAGAGAAGCUAUAAAUUCCUCUUUGCUUUGCUUUCUGCUCAGCUUCUCCUGUGUGAUUGACAGCUUUGCUGCUGAAGGCUCAUUUUAAUUUAUUAAUUGCUUUGAGCACAACUUUAAGAGGACGUAAUGGGGUCCUGGCCAUCCCACAAGUGGUUGUAACCCUGGUGGUUGCUGUUUUCCUCCCUUCUGCUACUGGCAAAAGGAUCUUUGUGGCCAAGGAGCUGCUACAGCCUGGGGUGGGGUCAUGCCCUCCUCUCCCAUUGUCCCUCUGCCCCAUCCUCCAGCAGGGAAAAUGCAGCAGGGAUGCCCUGGAGGUGGCUGAGCCCCUGUCUAGAGAGGGAGGCAAGCCCUGUUGACACAGGUCUUUCCUAAGGCUGCAAGGUUUAGGCUGGUGGCCCAGGACCAUCAUCCUACUGUAAUAAAGAUUGUGAAAUAAAA